AUGAUGAGCAAAUACUCGCAGUUCUGGCCCAAGGGUGGUAUGCAGGGCAUCUUGCACCACUUCACAGAGACAUUGACGACAUUCGAAUACACAGCCAAUGCCGUACGCAAGCCUCACAGCAUCCUCUUCGUCGGAGGCCUCGGCGACGGUCUAGGAACGACUUCCUACACAGCAGAUCUGGUCCACGCACUAUCACAAACAGAAUGGUCGCUCUUCUCGCUCACCCUCACAUCAUCAUAUCAAUCAUGGGGUCUCGGACACCUCGACAGAGACACCGACGAGCUCGCUCAGGCGAUACGAUACAUCAAGGACUACAAGACAUCCAAAUUCGGCGACAAUGGCAAGAUUGUGUUGAUGGGACAUUCGACCGGCAGCCAGAUGGUGCUACACUACCUGUCACGAUCAAACCCUCACACCACAAACCCCUCGUUCGACUCCGACCUGAAGCAUCUCCAACGAUUGGCACUCGACGGUGCAAUUAUGCAAGCACCCAUCAGUGACAGAGAAUGCAUCAAACUUGUCUGCCAACACGGCUUCCGCGGCAACACUCCAGAGCAAUGUCAAGCAUACUACGAGCAACUAGAGAAGAUGGCAAAGGAGUUGGCUAGCAAAGAUGAUCAGACAUUCGAUGCGCUACUGCCCAUCCACUUGACAUACCAGAUCGGCUACCCCGCCAACACACCGCUAUCCGCACGCCGCUUCUUGAGUCUGGUGAGCCCAGAAAGCCCGCACAAUCCCUCCGAGGACGAUGUUUUUAGUUCAGAUCUCAGCGACGAACAAUUGGCAAAGUCAUUCGGUAUGAUUCAAAAGCAAGGAUUGUUGAAGAACAAGAUGGCUGCCUUCUACUCGGGUGCGGAUCAAGCCGUCCCUGAGUGGGUUGACAAAGCAGGUCUGAUGAAGAGAUGGGCCAAGGCAGCCAAUGAUGGCGGAGACAAGGAGAUUUGGGAUGAUGAGCACACUGCCGUUGUACCUAAUGCAUCACAUGCUCUGAGUAACGACGACCAAGGUCCGGCGAGAAAAUUCCUGUGCGAGAAGGUAUUGGGAUACCUGAACAAGUCUACGGGCAGCGCAUAG